CUCCAGUCGAUUCAAGCACGAUGCUGUCUCGCCACGCUCGUCUCGUCGCACGGACUCUGCGCCGCCCAGUGACGGCCCGCCGCGUCGCCUCGAAUGCCAAAACUGCAAACGAGAAAGGUGUUGAAGGCAAAGCCGCCGAUGCCAUCGAAAACAAAGUUGCGAUUGAGGCAACAGAGAAUAAGGUGGCUGCUGAGACAACAAAAGGCACACCUCCCGCCGACAACGCAACACCCCGCCCUGGUUUCUUUAGUCGGCAUCCUGAAAUCUUCUUCUUGGCAGGGUUGCUUGGCAUCGGUGGGUACAUCUACCGCAGCAGUGUCAACAACAAGAAGUUCAACGCAGUGCAGAACGACCUAGCGGAGAAAACGCCGAUUUCUCCGUUUGAGGCGUACGAAUUGCGAUCUCAAAACUCUAUUACACCAGAGGUGUUUGACGCUGUCAAGAAGCAAGCCAAGCGAUACUUUCCGUCCAACGAAGCGACGGUCGCCGAGUUCGACUUGUGCUUGGGCACAGUAUUGCAAGGCACUGCGAUGAAAAACACGCAUCAUUUGGAACGAGUUCUUUUGAGUUUGCCGAAGAAUGCCAACGGCAAAGUCGACGUCAAUUUGCUCUUGGUAGCAUUUUCGCUGGCCGUGAAGGGAUCGGUGGACGAGCGACUCGAGAGUUUGUUUGCGUUGCCGCUGGCGUCCAAGCCCACAGAUGACGCGACAUUGACCAAGGCGCAGAUCGAGAAGGUUCUUGGCUACGUGUUGGACACGUUCCAAGUCCCGUCGGAGAAGCGCGUUGUGGCGCUGGAGGACAAGGCGUACCCGUACCAAGAGUACGCCGUUGCGACCCCCGAUCAACUCUUGGACGCGGCAGUCUCUGUGUCUAUCAAGGCCAAAACGAUUGACGAAGGCACGCAACAGUUCAACAUGGACCAGUUUGCGCUGCUCAUGAAGUCCAAAGCGAUCUGCAUUUGGGGCGAGUGCUACAACAGUUCGAGCAAGAAACGGAUGAAAAACUAACCGACAA